GGCACUUAUCGCGUCUUUGAUUACGUCAUAGCCACUUCGGACGGCACAGCGUCGCUUAGUCAGCAGCUAGCAGGUAGUCGCCUGAGGUUUGUCGUUAGAGUUGUUUCGUCGUAAGAAUCGUCCUCGUCAAGUACCGAGCGACGUCUGCGGAUUCAUCGAAAGGAACGAUCCAACAUAGUCGAAAUGUCACGUCUCGCGAGAGUGUUGUUGCUGAUCUGCUUGCACGCAGGCUUCAGUUACGGAAUGGAGUGUUCUUAUGGAAGCAAUCAGAAUAUCUUAGAAAAGGUAUUCACUUCAUGCCCGAGACCUUUUACAGACCCAUCUGACUAUUCUUACUGCUGCUACGAUAUACCUAAUAACAGAGCCUACUGUUGCUCCGCCGAAGAAUUCGCAAAAACUGGACUCAGCAUCAUCAUUCCUGUGAUAAUCGCUGCAGCUGUGAUCAUCGGGCUAAUAGUGUGCUGCAUAUCUUGCCUCUGCUGCAGCUGCUGCCCGUGGUAUCGACGUCGCCAAGGCACCGUAUAUGGAAGACUUGUUACAGAAGUUCAGACACCUGUUGUGCAAGUAAUUCAGCCCCAGGCAAAUGUUCCGCCGAAUUACACCAGUCAAUCUGCUCAAAACCCAUACGUUCCAUAUCCAACGAAUUCAACAGGAAUGCCGCAACCUCCACCAUAUAACGAGGCAUAUGCCAAACAGGCUCCAUAUAAUCCUGCUUAUCCACCACCACAGUGAUCUUCCAAGUUAUAGCCAUCAUAAUUAAUAGUUGUUAUCGAAAGGUUUACGAGGUUCCUUUCUCAUUCGAGGGUGAUUCUCAUUUCAUCAAACUCGAAUUUAUACAAACGUCAAUACAACAAAAUAUGCAUUAUGUUCAUGUGCUAUCAUAUCACGUAAUUUAAUGUUUAGACAUAAGUGCGUGGACGACUUUCAGACCAUAAACAUCCUCGCACAAAUUUUUACCAUUUGCAAGAGUUACGGUUUUUUUAGUCGAUAGAUCUUUCUAAGGAAGUGUUCGAAUUUUUAUUAUACUUUUUUUUACACAUGUUUGUUAUAAAUAUAUUCUCCGAAAAUAGUCCAUAAAUCCAUUUUGCGAAAAAAUGGACAGAACAAACUUCGAAAAUACUCUCGAUAAAACAAAUUUUUAACGAGAAUAUAUAAAAAAAAAGAUACAAAUGUACCAUUAAGCUAUUGAAUUUUAUGGUAAAAUACUCUUGAAAAGAUUUUAUGGAUAUUGUAAAUAAAAUUUAUGUCCAUUGAGCA